CUGCGCGCGGCGUCGCAUCGAUUUUUCCACCAAACAAACCAUUCCCAGCCAUCAGUUGUAUUGUAAACACGUUUCAUAAACAAGUGACGCUCACAGACGUGCUCAUACCAUUUAAAAUAUUAUUGUGAAAUGUGAAAGUUUUCAAGGAAAAAUAAUGCGCCACUCCCCGUGGGCAGAAAACUACAAUGGCCGCCCAAAAUAAAGCUGAAGGAGGGUCGGAGGAGAUGCCGGCGGCCACGGCGACUGACCCCAGCGCCGACCAGAAGGAGCGGCUGAUCGCUGCCGUCAAGAAGGAGGUCAAGCAGUUGAUGGAAGAGGCCGUAACACGUAAAUUCGUGCAUGAAGAGAGUGGAGGUGUGACAGCACUGUGCGGUGCCGUGGAAGCGUGCCUCGGCCAGGGUCUGAGGCGGCGAGCUCUCGGCCUAUUCAAGACUAGUUCUACUACUGCUUUACUGCAUAAAAUUGCUAAGGUAAGUUUUAUAACUAAGUUGUCUCUGUAGAACACUAAAACUUGUGACGCAUUCCUAUUUUCGGUUUAAAUUCACACUAAUCGCAUUAUUUCCUAAACAGCCGGUCUCUUUGAGGCAUUUUUUAAAUUAGAAGUUCGUCGCCUUCCGAUCGAUCCAUUUUACUUAGUGUCUACCAUCGGGAAAAUGGACUAAUGGAACUGAA